AUGCCAGUGUUCAACAAGAACUCCAGAGUCCUCAUGAAAGAGCUUGAACACGAAGUCGGUAAAGGACCAACGGAACUGAACAUUAUGGAGUUCGUCUUGGAUACUUCCCUGAAAUCUAUCUGUGAUUUUCUAUUCGGAAUUGACAAUAAAGUCAAGAUUAAUUCCAAGGAAUUCCUAGGAUUGAAAAAUAUUAUUGAAAGAAUCCCCGAGAUCUUUAUCAAACGAGUUACACAGCCCUGGUUGAGAUGGGAUCCGAUAUUCUUGUUCAUCUACAAGAAAGAGCUUGCAGAAAUCAACAAGAAAUGGAAAGCGUUUACAGAGGAGCCACUAAAGGACACCAAGGAAAAGUACGAGCUUAAGAUGAAAUCACCACAAAUAGCCAGUGAGGAGGAAGAAAACAAGAAUGGAGAACCUUUGACCAUUCUAGACGUUUACAGACCGUUUCAGGAGAAGAACCCGCAGUUCACCGAAGCAGACAUGAGAGGAGAAAUGUUUACGUUAUAUGAAACGGGUAGUGAUACAGUUGCUUCCAUCGUUUCCUUCUGCCUCAUGUCACUAGCUCAGUAUCCGGAAUAUCAGGUCAAGCUUUGCUCAGAGAUCGACUCAGUGGUUGGUCCUGACGAUGACGUCACUACGGAUCAUAUCCACAAGAUGACCUACCUUGACCAAUGUCUGAAGGAGACCCUGAGGAGAUUCACGCUUGUGCCUUACCUGUUGAGAAGAACAGCUGAUGAAGUCAAACUCAGUGAUUGCACUGUACCAGCAGAUCACACUAUUGUGGUUUCCAUCUACGGGAUCCACAUGAACCCGAAGAUUUAUCCAGACCCUGAACGUUUUGAUCCUGAUCGCUUUUCACCCGAAAACAGUGUGUCAAGGUCGAAAUUUACCUUUAUACCCUUCAGUGGUGGUCCUCGGGAUUGCAUAGGCAAGAAGUAUGGUAUGAUGAUCAUGAAGGUUAUGCUUGUACACAUAUUGAGGAGGUACAAAGUGAAAGCUGUCAUGAACAUUCACAAAAUCAAGCGAAAGCUGGUUGUAGCCCUUGUUAGUACUGAAGGGUACAAAGUUGAAUUGGAACCCCGAAGUUAACAAAGUACAAUUACCAAAGUGUAUAAAGUUGUGGAAUCCAGAAUUCACCUAAUUGUUAAGAU